AUCAAGAUGGCGAAAAAUUCAGACGUGGGUGAAAAUGAAAGCGUCAAAGACUUCUUCACCACAAACCGCAACGAUUUAUACAGCUACACAGAGUGCAGAGAUAUAGGGAAAAAGUUUUUGAGUGACUUGAAACAAGCCGUAAUAGGGGAGAAUUUACAAGAAAUCGAGGAGCCUCGCGCAAAAGCUACGAAAUACCUCGAAGAGACAGAAAUUUUACAACUCAUAGAGGUAAUCGAGAAAACCAAUGAUUUAUACUUACAGAGUCUAACAUAUACUUUCUGUUAUGUAAGAUCCCUUAAAACCAAACUUACCUGUAACUAUCCCAAACGUGUGGUGCUGGUGUACAGAAAAAUGGUCAGAGCUGUCAGCAAAAUUGACAUUUGUCUAAUCUCAGCUGUCUCCUUUGAUAGGACUUGAUUACCAAGCUUGUCUUUGAGAGACCGGAGAAACCAAUGGAAUUUUUAGUGAAAGAAAUAGAAGACGUGAAGGGAAGAGGAUCAGAAAGUCAAAGCAUGGACUGAACACCUCGCUAAAUAGACCAAUUUAUGAAAUUUAAAAUGGAAAAAAAAAAAGAAAAUACAAACAAACAAAAACAAAAUAAAACCAAAACAAAACAAAUAAAUAUAAAAAGAAAUUCAAAACAGGAGGAGAAAGAAAUACAGAUUAAACAUUGUCUUGAGAAUGUUGGAUUUUGAAGAUUCUAAGAAUGUUGUACACAAAAUGCACAAUUUAUUGGUGUUGAUUUAUUUUUUUGACAUUUAUUAUGAUGUUUGCAGUGGAUUGAAAUAUUUGUUACAACCAUGCUCUAAUUGCAUUUAUUUUUUUAGGAAAAAAGUAUAGAAAAAAAGAAACAUGUGAAAGGUUGAAAGCUAAAUAAGAGUUUGUUGAGUUUAUAAUAUUAUUCUGAAUGGGAUCAUGAACAUUAUUGUGUCUCAUGUAUGCUCAGAAUCCUUUACUGUUUCUGUAUGAAUUGAAGACUGUUCUACUUGACAAAUAAAUCUUAUAUUCAUUAACCCC